AGCACCGCACCGCUGACGAGGUGAGCUGCGCCAGGCAAAGCAGAACAGAGCGCUGCGCGGCGGCUGACGCUUCUACCCUUCUCCUCAGCGGGUCCCGCUCCGCGCUCAGGAGUGCUGCAGUAAGAGAAAGACAUGAAAUAUCUUUAAUGGACUUCUGCUUUUGAUCAAGCUGUUAAAAAUGGAUAUGAACAUUACUUUCUCCUGUGAGUUUUUGAUAAAUGGACAUUGACAUGGACUACGAAAGACCCAACGUUGAAACUAUCAAGUGUGUGGUGGUUGGAGAUAACGCAGUGGGAAAGACUCGUCUAAUUUGCGCAAGAGCAUGCAAUACAACCUUGACUCAGUAUCAGCUGCUGGCAACUCACGUACCAACUGUCUGGGCCAUUGAUCAGUAUCGUGUCUGCCAAGAGGUCCUAGAACGCUCAAGAGAUGUUGUGGAUGAAGUGAGUGUUUCUCUCAGGCUAUGGGAUACAUUUGGGGACCACCACAAAGACAGGCGUUUUGCUUACGGAAGGUCUGAUGUAGUUGUUCUGUGCUUUUCAAUUGCUAAUCCUAAUUCCCUGAAUCAUGUGAAAACGAUGUGGUAUCAAGAAAUCAAGCACUUCUGUCCUCGCACACCUGUCAUUCUGGUGGGCUGCCAACUAGAUCUCCGCUAUGCAGAUCUUGAGGCUGUUAACAGAGCUAGACGGCCUCUGGCAAGACCAAUAAAAAGAGGAGACAUUUUGCCACCGGAAAGAGGCAGAGAAGUUGCCAAGGAACUUGGUAUACCCUACUAUGAAACCAGUGUAUUUGACCAGUUUGGGAUUAAAGAUGUGUUUGACAAUGCAAUUAGAGCUGCCCUGAUCUCCAGAAGACACCUGCAGUUCUGGAAAUCUCAUUUGAAGAAGGUCCAAAAACCUUUGCUUCAGGCUCCAUUCCUACCUCCAAAAGCCCCUCCUCCGGUUAUCAAAAUUCCUGAGUGUCCUGUACCAAGCAUGAAUGAAGCUGGAUAUUUAUUGGACAACCCACUGUGUGCAGAUGUUGUGUUUGUUCUUCAAGAGCAGGACUACAUUUUUGCUCAUAAGAUUUACCUAGCUACCUCUUCUUCAAAGUUUUAUGACCUUUUCUUAAUGGAAUGUGAAGAAAGUUCUGACUUAGCUGAAAUACAGUGUAAUAAAGAAAAUACAAAUAAGGAUGUUCUGAUAAGUCAUCUUGAGACAAAUGGUGACAGUGAUGAGACGUGCUUAAAAUCUGCUGAUAUUAAAACUUCCUCACCAGAACGUACUGACUCUUUACACAUGCUAGAACCACAACCUGGUGAAACAAAUUCUGCAGCAAGAUCUCUGUCAUCCUGGGGAAAAGGGUUUGUUAGUAUGCAUAAGGAAAUGCAAGUAAAUCCUGUCUCGAACAGGACAUGUCCUGUAAUGGUGGUAAAAAUGGAUUCAUCUGUGCAGGCCGGACCAUUCAAAACUGUUUUGCAGUUUUUAUAUACAGGGCAACUGGAUGAAAAUGAAAAAGAUCUCACAAGACUGGCUCAGAUUGCUGAAAUCUUAGAAGUAUUUGACUUGCGAAUGAUGGUGGAGAAUAUUAUGAAUAAAGAAGCCUUCAUGAAUCAAGAGAUUACUAAAGCAUUUCAUCUCAGAAAAGCUAACCGGAUAAAAGAGUGCCUUUGCAAAGGGACAUUUUCUGAUGUAACAUUUAAAUUGGAUGAUGGAACCAUAAAUGCCCACAAGCCACUGCUGAUCUGUAGCUGUGAAUGGAUGUCUGCUAUGUUUGGAGGAUCAUUUGUUGAAAGCUCCAAUAGUGAGGUAGUUCUUCCCAACAUAAACAAGACUUCUAUGCAAGCGGUUUUAGAUUACUUGUAUACCAAGCAACUGUCCUCCAGUCAGGAACUGGACACACUGGAGUUAAUUGCAUUGGCGAAUAGGUUUUGUCUUCCUCACCUUGUUGCGCUAGCAGAACAGCAUGCAGUACAGGAGCUGACAAAGGCCUCCAUGAGCGGUAUUGCAAUUGAUGGGGAAGUACUAUCCUAUUUGGAAUUGGCACAGUUUCACAAUGCUAACCAGCUGGCAGCUUGGUGUUUGCACUACAUCUGCACCAAUUACAACAGUGUUUGCUCCAAAUUCCGCAAGGAAAUUAAAGCUAAAUCUUCAGAUAAUCAAGAAUAUUUUGAGAGGCAUCGGUGGCCGCCUGUGUGGUAUUUAAAGGAAGAAGAUCACUACCAGCGAGUUAAAAAAGAAAGAGAAAAGGAAGAUGUUGCCCUGAAUAAACACCAUUCAAAGCGCAAGUGGUGCUUCUGGAAUUCCUCUGCUGUAGUUGCCUGAACAAAGCAAAUAAGGAAAAAUCCAUAACCAAUGUCAAAAAUUAGUCUUAUUGUUAGAAACAAGAUAUACUUCAGGUUGUCAGGAAACUUUGUUCCAUAUGUGCAUUUAUUACGCUAGGUCAAAAGCACAAGCUCAUUGAAAGUGAGCCUGGAACAGCUCCUGGAAGUCAUAUGUAUAUUUUUGGCUAGUAAGCAGAUAAACAUCUACCAUUAUUACAUUUCUUUUUAUUAAAAAAGAAAAAGGGAAAAAAAUCCAGCAUUAAUAUUUCAGUCUCCAGUUGGGAAAUAUUUUUAUACUGUCUAUUACAUCUUGUUCAGAUGAAAUUCUGGGUACUGUUUUAUUUUACAGACCACAAAAUAACCAUGUAGCAGCUUUGUAAUUAGAUUUUAACUAUUUUUACUAUGCGAGUACAGUGAAAUAGACAAUCUUCAGUCAUAAGAAACCACUUUUAGAAUAUCUCAUAAAAAGUCAUCUUAGGAAAAAAUCUAGUUGCCUAGUAUAUGUUGUCUUUUUAAACUAAGUACUGUGCACGGGUAAUCUAAUUAGAUGGUUAUUUCCCCUUUCUAAAGCAAAGGGUUGGAAUAAGAUCCAAUAACUGCAAGAUAUAGAGUGCUUGAUCUUUGCUCAGCUGAAUAAUAGGCAGCAUAAUUACCUGUUCAACCACAGGCAAAUGUAUUUCUAAUAUUUGCCAUGUAAGUGCAAAUAAUUAUGACUAUGUGGGCCACAUGAAAUCUAGUGAUUCUAAGUGUUCAGAGGUUUUAUAUGUCUAGAUCAAAGAGGAUAUUUCUAAAAUCAUUUAGAAGGGCUUAUUAAUUUAUAUCCUCAUGUAAGUAUGGAUCUGAGUGCAAAAAGCAGUUACACUGCUUGCAUUUGAAUUACUGCAUGGCAGUUACUUUAUUCUGUUAACCAUGCAGCCAUUCCUUAUGCUGAAUUCCUUUUUGCUUCAGUGCAAGCAAAUGAAAGGGCUGCGAAAACAAGUAGGAGUUAUCUAGUGUUAGAGCAUUUUGUAAAGGAAGAAGGGUCUUCACACACAAGAUCAGUUUGAUCCAAAAUCUUUUAUAGCUUUUCCCAGGUGGAGCUCAAACGGUUAGAUUAUUUUAAUGAAGUAGAUGAUAUAUUUCCCCUGGAAGUAAGUAUUCCCAGAAACCUAAGGGCAAAAUGAUGGCAGAAAGGAGGAAUUCUGCACAAGCAGUGCAAGAAAACAAAAAGCCUCCAGUGUUUUUAAGUAGCCUGUGUGUCCAUGACCUUUUAUCAGGCAUUACUCUAAAGCUGCAGUGUUACACUAGAUUAGGUAAGGAUGAGAGCAUUUUUUAAAAGACCAAAACUGAAAUACAUAGACUGUAGAACAUACACAUGCAACUCUGUACAGUGUCUCAGGCACAAUUCUGUAACCACGGUAGUAUUGUGUAUUAGAUUUGUUAAUAUUGUUUUGUGCUGGCAGCUGAGCAUACCAAUGUGAAAAGCUGUUUGUGUUUUUUUCUGUAUUCAAAGGCAAGGCAGUACAGUCAAACCUCAGUACUGUAAGUCAGGAAAGGCUUUGGACUGAAAGCCAUAUACACCUCUACGUAUUUGCAUUCAGAAUGGACUAAUUCAUGGUGGAUGCUACCACAGGAUGGUAGAAGCUACCCAGCAUGGAAGAGUUGCUGCUCUACAAAUUUUUAUAAGGAAAGCAGGCGACAGAUUCCUACCCCUGUAAGAUUCAUCACCAUACGGUGAUAAAGAAGGGCUAUAAAUGAUGGUUGCAGAUAUGUCUCCUUAAUUCUUGAUCAGCGACAACAUACAGUGUGGAGAAGAAUUAAUGAGAAAAGAUAAGUCAAGACUAAGAUGAGAAAUAUUUGUUGUCAUAAAGUGUUAACCAAUCACAUUUUGAGUAAGUAUUGCUACUAGUUUUUACACAACCAAAGCUACUGUAUGAUUGUAAUCUUGCCAAACUGUAAUGGAUAUAUAAAUGAACUUGAGGUAUAUGCAAUAAUAUCCAGUUGUUCUAGUUAUCAGCUACUAUAACCAAGUGGCUGGUUCAUUUGGUUAAUGCUGUCUAUGGCCUUUAAUCUUGGUGUUUAUUUUGUGGUUUUUAUUUUGGAAAACAAAAGUGAAUAAAACCAUUUAGUUACA